CCACAUAUGUACUUUGAUAUGAGCUGUGAAAAGCUUACCAAUGAUUUGUUCCAUGGCUUCCACAGCAGCUCCGCGGGUUGUGUUAUACAGUGCUGUGAUAUUAGGAAAUCAGCCUAAGGCUUUGAGAGGAAAGGGUUUGAGGGGAGAAACCAGAAACACCCGUUACAGCACUUUGCAGGUUCAAGCCUCGAGCACGCGCAGACCCCAGAGAGCACCCCCUGGAGUUGACACAAGAAUCCAUUGGGACAAUGAAGAUGAAGGUUGGAUUGGAGGUAACGAUACUCAACACCAACAAAACAGCGCCAAUAACCUGUUGGGUGAAAACUUUGCUGAUUUGCUCGCCACUUCUUCAGGUUCUCAUUACGAAUUCUUAGGAGUAUCACCAGAUGCAGAUUUAGAAGAAAUUAAAGUUGCUUAUCGGAGACUAUCAAAGGAGUACCAUCCAGACACUACUUCUCUUCCUCUCAAAACUGCUUCAGAAAAAUUCAUGAAAUUGAGAGAGAUUUAUAACCUUCUUAGCAACGAUGAGAGUCGAAGAUUUUAUGAUUGGACCCUCGCUCAAGAGGCUGCUAGCCGCCAAGCAGAGAAGACGAGAAUGAAGUUAGAGGAUCCCUAUGAGCAAGAAGUGAAGAACUGGGAAUCUGUUCCAGACAUGGUUGACCGCCUUGGUGGAAGGAACAUGGACCUUAGUGAUCAAGCAGUUUCUGCCCUCACUAUUGAUGUUUUUAUCAUUAUUUUUGCCAUAUGUUGCAUCAUAUACGUAGUUUUCUUUAAAGAACCUUACUAUUAGUAGUUACUUCUUCAUCUUGAAAAAUUGUAUACGUGAUACGUCAGAAUUAAAUAUAAGGUUUUACAUCAUUAAAGAUUUCUCCGCUUUCAUCUUUGUGAUGGAAAAAUGGUAACAUUGUAAUUCCUUUUAGUGGUGGUAGAGCAGCUUAAUGCAACUCUACCGAAAAUGCAUUUUAAAUCAUU